AAAGUCGUCAUUCGAAAUUUUUUACAUCUUUACCUCGAAUUGUCCUCACGAAAAUAAAGACAAAAAGAUUGAAGAUUCUAGUAUAAAUAAAAUUUAGUCGUUUAUUGUACUUUUUCAAAAACGAACACAGUUUUAGAACGGUUUUCUAUUAAUUUCCACUGUUAAAAUGAUGGAAAGAAGAGGAAUUUUUCUCUUUUCUUUGUGUCUCAAUUUGAUUAUUGUUGCCCCACGAGAAAUUGGAGACUUUCGCAAAAAUAUUUCUGAUACACUUUUAACGGAAAAUAGUGAUUCGGAUAAAAAAUCUCUAGAAUCAAUUACAGAAGAUGCAACCAGUAGUGAUUUACCACCUGGGACAGAAACUACAAUUGUCUCAAUUGAAAAGGAAGGUGUCACCAACGAUGAUUUUUCAUUUACAACAGAAACUUUGACUGUUAAAGAGGAAGAUGUCACCAGUGAUGAUUUAAUAGUUACAACAUUAGGAACUGUAUCAGAAACUACAGACAAUGAUGAACAAUCAUCAAAAAUAGUAAACAAUUCUGAAACAAAUUUUAAAGCUAACCGAAGUAAUUUGCUACAAAUGGAAGAAGAUAUGGCUUUUGGAUCAGAUGUUAUUUUAGGUGAUGAAGAAAAGAAGGUGAAUGAUACACUUAUGGAAGCAAAAUUCAAAGAAAUCGAAAUAGGUUUCGCAAACGAGGGGAAGUUUCUACCAAAAUAUAAUUUCCUUCGAGUGAAAGAUGAAAUAGAAAAAUCAAAGGUUUUUAAAAUGAUAAAAAAAAUGCCGAAAGGGUGUCUAUUGCACGCACAUGAUGUUGGUACAGUUUCCCAAGAAUAUGUUUUGCGCAAUGUGACAUAUCGCCCGAAUCUUUACGCCUGCGAAUCGGAUGGAAAAUUAAAACUUCGAUUUUUCGAAAUUCCUGACACGAAUUGCAACUGGAAAUUGUUAAGCCAAUUGCGUGCGACACCUGAAAGUGAAAAGGAAAUUAAUCAACGGAUUCGUCAACACAUGUCCAUGAUGACUGAAAAUCCAGAAGAAGCCUAUCCAGACGGGGACAAGGCUUGGAUUAAGUUCCAAAGUCUUUUCGAAUUCCUCGGCUCUUUUAUGCGAUAUCGACCAGUUUAUGAAGACUAUUAUUAUCAGUUACUGAAGGAGAAUUACGAGGAUAAAUUUCUAUAUGUAGAACUACGAGCAUCCUUCUCAGCACUUUACGAAUUAAACGGAAAAACACAUGGACCAAUAGAAGUUGCUAAAUUCGUUAAAGAUGUAGGCGACAGAUUUUUAAAAGAGCAUCCUGAUUUUAUUGGCGUUAAAAUUAUUUACUCGCAACAAAGACAUAUUACUGUUGAGAAAUUGAAAAAGCACUUGAAAAAUUUCCAACAAUUGAAAGACACUUAUCCAAAUUUUAUAGUUGGUUUUGAUCUUGUUGGUCAGGAAAAUAAAGGAUAUCCAUUAAAAAAUUUUACCAAACAACUUCUAGAAUUGAAAAGUGAAUAUCAAAAGUUUAUCUUUCAUGCAGGUGAAACUGACUGGAACGGUCUCAGUACAGACGAAAAUCUGAUAGAUGCCGUUUUAUUACGAACGAAAAGAAUUGGACACGGUUUUGCUUUACCGAAGCAUCCGAAAGUGAUGGAACUAGUAAAGAAACAAGACAUUGCGAUAGAAGUAAAUCCAAUUUCCAAUCAAGUUUUGAAUCUAGUCGCAGACCUCCGAAAUCAUCCUGCGAAUAUUUUAUUUGCAGAAAAUUAUCCUGUCGUUGUGUCUUCGGACGAUAUUGGUCUUUGGGGUGCACACGGUUUGAGUUACGAUUUUUACGAAGCCUUCAUGGGAAUAAUGUCGAGGAAAGCUGAUUUGAGAGCUUUAAUUAAACUCGGACAUAAUUCGAUUAAAUACAGUUUGCUCAAUGAUAAAGAAAAAGAAAAAGCUUUUACUAUUUUUCACCAGCAAUGGUCAGAAUUUGUUAAAAAUUUUACUAAAACGGAAUAUUAGUAUUUUAUUAAUUAAAAGUAAUAAAUUCCGCGAUUCAAGGCAGUAAUUGAGGCUCCGGAUCUUAAAAGGGCACUUUCAGCAUUGAUUUUAAAUAGUAAAAGUGCCCUUUUAAGAUCCGGACCCUCAAUUAAAGAAAAUAAUAAAUAAUUUUCGAAGAAAGAUACAUAAAAGUACUCGCACAAUAAUUCUACUGUCUGCCUGCAGAUUGUCACGAAUAUUUCGUUACUGAACGUUCAGAACUUGUGGAUCAUCAAAAUAUUGUGAAAAUACAGUAGUCGGCAAAAAUUAAUUGCCUUUUUUUGCAAAUUGUUUAAUAAAAAAAAUUGACAAUAAAUUGUCAACAAAAAUAAUUCGUAUAAAAACGCUGCGAAAAGAAUUUUAAAUUAACAGAAUAAGUUGUUCAACGAUUCGAAAUACCUUUAUUAUAAAUUCUUUAAAUGUAACUUUUUUAUGUAAUAAUAUUAUUUUUUAAAAAUUAA